AUGGUUAACGCAAUCUUAUCCAAGAAGAGAAAGUUAGUGGCUGAUGGUGUUUUCUACGCCGAAUUAAACGAAUUCUUUACCAGAGAAUUAGCUGAACAAGGUUACGCCGGUGUCGAAGUCAGAAAGACCCCAACCAAAUUAGAAGUUAUCGUUAAGGCUUCUAACACUCAAGGUGUUUUAGGUGAACAAGGUAGAAGAAUUCACGAAUUGACCUCUUUAAUCUGUAAGAGAUUCAAGAUCUCCCAAGAAGGUAUUGUUAUCUACGCUGAAAGAGUCGAAGAAAGAGGUUUAUCUGCUGCUGUCCAAGCCGAAGCCUUAAAGUCCAAGUUAUUAAACGGUUUACCAUUGAGAAGAGCCGCUUACGGUGUCUUAAGAUUCGCUAUGGGUGCUGGUGCCAAGGGUGUUGAAGUUGUCAUUUCUGGUAAGUUAAGAGCUGCUAGAGCCAAGUCCCAAAAAUACGCUGAUGGUUUCAUGAUUCACUCCGGUCAACCAACCAAGGACUUCAUUGAUAUUGCUAUUAGACACGUUUUAAUGAGACAAGGUGUCUUAGGUAUUAAGGUCAAGAUUAUGAAGGACCCAGCAACCAACAAGUUCGGUCCAAAAUCCUUACCAGAUGCUGUUAAGAUUUCUGAAGCUAAGGACGAUGACGAAAUCAUCCCAGCUCCAACUGUUAAGUCUUACAAGGCUACUGCUGAAGAACCAGUUGAAGCUUCCGCUUAA